UAUUAUAUUCGUCCUACUCUUUGCGUAACUUUGAAGCAGCGACAAUGGUGAGGGCUAGCGUCUUAAAUGAUUCUCUUAAGAGCAUGUGUAAUGCAGAGAAACGAGGGAAACGCCAAGUCAUGAUAAGACCCUCUUCCAAAGUGAUCAUUAAGUUUCUCACUGUGAUGCAAAAACAUGGUUACAUUGCAGAGUUUGAAUAUGUGGAUGAUCAUAGAUCCGGUAAGAUUGUGGUUGAGCUUAAUGGAAGGCUUAACAAAUGUGGCGUUAUUAGUCCUCGUUUUGAUGUUGGCGUCAAGGAAAUCGAAGGCUGGACUGCCAAAUUACUCCCUUCAAGACAGUUUGGGUACAUUGUCCUGACAACAUCAGCUGGAAUCAUGGACCACGAAGAAGCAAGGAGGAAAAAUGUUGGGGGCAAAGUGCUUGGUUUUUUCUACUAGCUAAGUAGCUAGAGAGGUUUUUAUGAAUUUCUUUUCUACUCUUUUGGUGUUUUCUUGUUGACUUUUCUGAUUGGUUCUUGAGAACUUUAUU